GUGUGGUUUUUAGGGAGCUGUGUAGUUGCUGUCCUGCCACAGCACACAGUGGGCCUAGGAUGAUUAUUGCGUUCAUGGCACUAUAGAAAGGUAGGUAGCACACACAUGCAUUAUAAAUGCUGUUGAAGACUCAUACAAUUUUUGCGGGAGCCCAGCUUUACUCUAAGGAAGGGAGAUUGUUUAAACCAAGUGCUCAUCUCUGUACACCUGAUUAGGUAUGUGGGUGAAAUCCGUGCUAAAAAAAUUUGAUUGAGAUGUAUGAAAUAAGUUAUCAGUUCACGUAAAUCGUAGGUGAUUCAUUUAAGAGGUACCAGUGUGACAGUAGAUGUUUGACAUGCCCUGCUUACAGUUUUGAAUGGGGUAGUGUGUUUUUUGGGUUGCCCUUCUGCGGUUCAGUAGGUCUACUCUUGUGGCACCAGAGGUUUCCAGUCUUUUGCACCACCACUUUUAUGCAUGGAUUUUAAGUAAACUUGACUCAAAUGUUGUCCUCACUGGAUCUCUGAGUACUAUUGGUAUUCAGUUCAACAGCUCAGUGGUUAGGUGUAUUUGGUCUACUGUGCCAGAAGACCCAGAUCUCCAACACAGCUGCAUCUGGCAUCUGACUGUUUUAGCGCUGACUCCAAGAGAUCUCUACAAUGUCUGCUGUUUGGUUCUGCACCCCCCAGCAGUGGUCAUUUGGGACCGUGGCUGAGAUGUGUUCCAAGCUUGGAGCCGACGACCAGUGAACGCGGUUCAGCCAUGGCCGCUGCCUCAGCUGUCAGUGUGGACGUGACCGCCCCUGCGCCAGAGCCUCUGGAGGCCGGUGAGAAGAAGGGCAUCUCUGACGUCAGGAGGACUUUCUGCCUCUUUGUCACCUUCGACCUCCUCUUCAUCACCCUGCUGUGGAUCAUAGAGCUCAAUGUCAAUGGAAAAAUCCAGGAUAGGUUGAAAGAGGAAGUCCUGCAUUAUGAUUACCACGCCUCCUUCUUUGAUAUAUUUGUGCUGGCUGUGUUCCGCUUUGCUGUCCUCAUCCUGGCCUACGCUGCCUGCAGACUACGCCACUGGUGGGCCAUCGCGAUAACAACAGCUGUCUCCAGUGCCUUCUUAAUAGUCAAAGUUAUUCUGUCAAAGCUCCUAUCCCAGGGUGCCUUGGGCUACCUGCUGCCCAUCACGUCCUUCAUCCUGGCCUGGAUAGAGACCUGGUUCCUGGACUUCAAGGUCCUGCCCCAGGAGGCUGAGGAUGAAAGCAGGCUACUGCCAGUCAUGGAUGGCCCGGUGCAACCCCCCUUUAUGCACUCCGGUUUGCCGUCUGAAGGACAGUUCUACUCCCCCCCAGAAUCUGUAGCAGAUUCUGAUGAGGAUGGAGAAGACGAGAAUGACCAGAAGAGGCUUCUUUAACAGGGAUGCUAGCCCUGCUUCUGGUGGAGGAGUCUAAAACUGAGCUGUGAAUGAUUGACAGUUUGAUUCUGGGACCCAGGGGGCAGCGGUUGGACGAAAGGGUGAGCAUUUGCCCUUGAGGUAAUCGGGACCAGGACCCUCAGAUAGCCACACUAGCUCUAUGACCCUGGCUACCACUACCCAGUCCUGCCUGCAGGGGGCCUCGCUGCCUUACGUCUCCUUCGGAUUCUUACUGUACUCCUCUGCAUGGUGGACUCCUAAUGCAAAAAAGAGAACCAUUUCGGUUUUGCUUUUAAUUAACUAAAUUAGUUGGACCACAUGCAACAAAUAUGGGAAAUGAGCUGUGAAUCAAUGUUCUUGAAUGUGUGAGAUAAAAAGUUGCGUUUGUAUUUUAGAUUUUCUUAUCACGAUUCAUUUUCACUUCAGAGUUGGCCUUAAAGGCAACUCUGUCUUCUGCUGACUGUAAAGAUUGAUCCAGUGCAGGGCUGUGCUGCUCAGAUAUAUUGACUCCUGACCCCGUAAAGUGGCUUAUAAUUGUGUGUAAAAAAAACAAAUGGUGCCAUACCUUCACCACCAGAUCACAUUCUACCAAAAUGGUGCUACACUUCAGGUAGAGCCAUCAGUGGAACAAAAAAGUAUUUUCAAACUUACAUCAUGCAUAUUAGCGUAGUCUUAAGUGAUUCCACUUAUUCUGUUCUGUUUUGUGUCCUUAUUGAAUAUGCUAGUGACUGCUGCUGCCUGUGUGUUUGUAGCUUGAAGCGUGUUAUGUUACUGAAGCUUGCUGUACUUGUUAGCACUGUGCAUAGCAUAGCAGUCCCAAAUUUGCAAAAGUGUAUGAGACUGUGGCACUUGCAUAGAGCCGAGCUCAAGCACACUUGGGUCCUUAAAAACAGUCCUGCACCUGAAGUCCUAGGUUCUGUUGUAUAUAUGUGUGUGUUUCCGUGUGUAAGGAAAGAGGGAUGUAAGGCUGUAGCAACACCCUUUAAAUGUACCAAAA